UGACGUUUCGGUUCUUCAUGAACCGUGUUUUGAAAGCGCCCAUCGCUGCAUUAAUGCUGCUUAUAUUAUAAGCCAAGUCAGUUUCGGUUGUAGAAUGUCUAUUAGAGAAUAGAGUGAAUUAAAACUGAAUAACGGAUAUUCCGCGAAAUAAACUUGAUGGAAAAUGAUGGAGCAGCAUGAAAGCGACCAGACCACACAGGCACCAGAUGUGAGGACAAAAACCUGCCAGUCGUCACCUAGACAAGAGCACAACAAUGAAAAACAGUAUCAGAAUGAACGGAAAGAAGAUUCUGUCAUUCUCCAUGAAUGUGGGAUGCAUUUCUUUAAGGAAGCAAGUCAUGAGGAGCACAUGAGAAUUCACACUGAAGAGAAACCAUUCAUCUGCCCUCAGUGUGGAAAGAGUUUCACAGUGAAACAAAAGCUUGUGUCUCAUUUAAGGAUUCACACUGGAGAGAAACCUUUAUUCUGCCCUCAAUGUGGAAAAAGUUUCACGCAACAAGGUCAGCUUAACAUUCACAUGAGAAGUCACACUGGAGAGAAACCUUUUAUCUGCCCUCAAUGUGAUAAGAGUUUCACAUCAAAACAAAGCCUUAAAAGUCACAUGAGAAUUCACACUGGAGAGAAACCUUUCACCUGCCCUCAGUGUGAAGUGAGCUUCACGCAACAAGGAUACCUUAAACGUCACAUAAGAACUCACACUGGUGAGAAACCGUUCAUCUGCCCUCAAUGUGGAAAGAGUUACAAAGUAAAACAAAGCCUUGAGAGUCACAUGAGAGUUCACACGGGAGAGAAGCCGUUUAUCUGCCCUCAGUGUGGAAAAGGUUUCACAGCAAAACAGUGUCUUAAAAGUCACAUGAGCAUUCACAUCGGAGAGAAACCUUUCACCUGCUCAAUCUGUGAGAUGAGCUUCACACAACAACAAAGUCUUAAACGUCACAUGUGGACUCACACUGGAGAGAAGCCAUUUAUUUGCCCUGAAUGUGGAAAGAGUUUUACAGUGAAACAAAGCCUUGAGAGUCACAUGAGAAUUCACACUGGGGAGAGACCUUUCACCUGCUCUGAGUGUGGAAAGAGUUGCACAGUAAAACAAAACCUUGAGAGUCACAUGAGAAUUCACACUGGAGUGAAGCCUUUCUCCUGCCCUCAGUGUGGAAAGAGAUUCACAGUGAAACAAAGCCUCGAGAGCCACAUGACCAUUCACACUGGAGAGAAACCUUUCACCUGCUCUGAGUGUGGAAAGAGUUUCACAAUGAAGCAAAAGCUUGAGAGACACAUGAAAAUUCACACUGAAGAGAAACUUUUCAUCUGCCCUCUAUGUGGGAACAGUUUCACAAUGAAAACCAACCUUGACAGACACAUGAAAAUUCACACUGAUGAGAAGCCUUACACCUGCUUCGUGUGUGGAAAGAGUUUUAGAAUAAAACAAAACCUUGAUAGUCACAUGAGAGUUCACACUGGGCUGAAGCCCUUCAUCUGCUGUGAAUGUGGGAAAAGUUUCACUGUGAAACAAAGCCUUGAGAGUCACAUGAAACUUCACAAUGAAGCGGAGGCUUUUACCUGUUCCGAGUGUGGAAAGAGUUUCACAGUGAAGCAAAACCUUGAGAAUCACAUGAGAAUUCACACUGGAGAGAAACCUUUCACCUGCCCUCAGUGUGGAAAGUGCUUCACGCAACACGGACACCUUAAACGUCACAUCAGAAUUCACACUGGGGAGAAGCCUUUUACCUGCUCCGAGUGUGGGAUAAGCUUCACAGAGAAACAAAAGCUUAACAUUCAUAUGAGAAUUCACACUGGGGAGAAACCAUUCAGCUGUUCUGAUUGUGGAAAGAGUUUUACAGUGAACAGGAGCCUUAAGAGACACGUGAGAAUUCACACUGCAGAGAAACCAUUCACCUGCACCCAAUGUGGAAAGAGCUUCAUGGAAAAAGGACACCUUGAAAGUCACAUGGGAAUUCACACUGGAGCGAAGCCUUUCACCUGCUCUGAGUGUGGAAGGAGUUUCACAGUGAACAGAAACCUUAAGAGACACAUGAGUAUUCACAUGGAAGAGAAGCCUUUCACCUGCCCUCAGUGUGGAAAGAGCUUCACAGAACAAGAGCACCUUAAAAGUCACGUAACCAUUCACACUGGAGAGAAAUCUUUCGCCUGCUCCGAGUGUGGAAAGAGUUUCCCAGUGAAACAAGGCCUUAAGAGACACGUGAGAAUUCACAUCGGAGAGAAGAAUUUCACCUGCUCGGAGUGUGGAAAAAGAUUCAUGCAGCAAGGACACCUUCAAAACCACAUGAGAAUUCACACUGGAGAGAAGCCUUUCAUCUGCUCUGCGUGUGGAAAGAGGUUCACAAUGAACAUUACCCUUGAGAGGCACAUGAAAAUUCACACUGGAGAGAAACCUUUUGCCUGCCCUUAUUGUAUGAUGAGUUUCACAGUGAAACAAGGCCUUGAGAGACACACGAGAAUUCACACUGGAGAGAAACCUUACAUCUGCUCUGAAUGUGGAAGGAGUUUCACAGUGAAACAAAGCCUUAAAAGUCACAUGAUAAUUCACACUGGAGAGAGACCUUCCGACAGAGUGGAGAAAUCUCCUCUACCACCACCUGUGUGCAGCAUCCCUCCAAAUGAUGCAAAGUCAGUCAAAGCGUACCAGGACACCCACCAGCUAUUGGAGGAGCGUGAUUAGUCAAUCUAUUUAAAUGAUUGGAAUGCCCAGGACUGAUAAGAGACCAGUAGAUGCCAAUAAACACAUGGUAAAUAGAAGAAUUUGAUACAAUGAAAGUGUUGUGACCGAAGCCAUCACUGCAAUUUAGUAAUUUGUGAUUUUUCCCCCCCUGUAUAUUUAUUUCUUUUUUGGUAUAUUUACUCAUUUAUCCU